AUGGGGUCGUCAUCAACAAGACCUCGGGCACGGAGGCCACACCUCAAGUCCAGGAAUGGCUGCUUCACAUGCAGGAAACGCCGGGUCAAGCAUUUGUUCCCUUGUCAGUGUACCGAGGAACACCCGACAUGUCGGUCAUGCCUGAACCGCAGAACCGUUUGUAAAUACCCGGACGGAAUUGUCGAAUCUACUUCAAACUCAGUGUCUAUACCACCGCUACCCUCCCUCGUACAUUCACCACUGGGCGUGUCAGCGUCACCCUCGGGAUCGACAGGAACCCCGGUUCCGGCACUUCAGAGUCUUGGCCCUGCGACUAGUCAAGCAUCAUUAGAGUUGAAUCAAUUACAUCUGCUUCACCACUGGACAGUCACAACAAGUGUCGACCUUUGCAGAUGCUCCAAGACAUUGUAUAUCUGGCAGGAAGCCCUUCCCCAGAUUGGCUUCCAAUAUCCAUUCGUCAUGCAUGCUUUGUUAGGUCUUGCCGCUUUACACAUUGCUUACACGUCCCCAACCCAGCGAACCCGGAGUUGGCUAGUUGGCAUGUAUCAUCAUAACGAGGCCUCGGCCGGUUUUCGGAGAGAACUCUGCGUUAUCACAGAAGAGAACAGUGAGGCAUUGUUUACCUGGUCCAUAUGCAAUGUUCUGUACAUCUUCGCUACCUCAAAUCCACUUUAUCAGGGUAUAGAUGGUAGCCCCACCUCGUCUACAUCAGCCCAAAAGGAGAAGGUCUUGGGUACAGAAUGGAUUCCUAUGAUCCGCGGUCUGAGGGCCGUGCUUGAGCCUACACAUAAUUACUUCCGACUCGGGAGAAUGAAGGCUAUAAUGAGUACGGGGAACUGGUAUGAACUUGAUCCAGAUCAAGAAACCCAGAACCCAGAAGAUGCCCACUUCUGCCGCGCCCGCGAGUCUUGGAGCCACUCCGAAGGUGCCGAGGUCUAUGAAGAGGCGCUUCAAGUUCUCCGGAAAUGUCGACUUUACUCGUCGCAGUUCCGCGCAAUGGACUCUGAGACAAGAGACAACUGGGGAUACAACAAAGAGUGGUCUGCGCCUCUGAUGUUCAUUCAUUUCGCACCAGACUCUUACUUCGCACUCUUGCAACAGCGGCAACCGCCAGCUUUGAUCCUAUUCUCACUAUUUGGAGCACUCCUGCAUAAGAUAAGGGAUUACUGGUUCUUGGAGGGCUGGGGCAAAGCGAUAGUGGAGGUAAUAGCAGAUAUCUUGGGGAGUUACUGGAGAGAAUGGUUGCUUUGGCCGUUACAGGUUAUUCAAGAAUAA